CUUGUGGGCGCUUGUUGGAGUUGAGGGGCGUGGUUUGAAGAGGCACGAGAAGGAGUGUGUUUUGUUUUUCAGGAGGAUUCGUAGGUUUUAUGGUGAUUUACAGUCGUGCAAUAGACAUGUCUUUUAUACCCAGUGGUCUUCUAGCAGUCCGAGGCCUAUGGGGCAGGCCCAACAUGCUGUCUCUAUCGUGGGCGGUAAAGCGGAGGCUAGUCUGUUUAGCUAGCCCUAGUGUUGAAGGCCAUGUGGAGGACGAAGUAUACGACGUGAUAAUUUCAGGAGGGGGCAUGGUAGGCACUGCCAUGGCAUGUUCCUUAGGUCUUGAUCCUAAUCUAGAGGGGAAGAAGAUUCUCUUAUUAGAAGCUGGUGGCAAAAAAACAUUUGACAGUGUUCAUCAGGAUUAUGGCACCAGAGUCAGCUCCAUCAACCUUGGCGCUGCUACUUUACUCAGUGUGGUUGGAGCCUGGGACCACAUUUUGAACAUGAGGUGUAAGCCCUUUAAAAGAAUGCAGGUCUGGGAUGCCUGCUCUGACGCACUGAUCACAUUUGACAAGGGGAAUCUCGAGGAUGAAAUGGGAUAUGUGGUGGAGAAUGAUGUCAUUGUUGCUGCAUUGACCAAACAGCUAGAUUCUUUGAAGGGUCAGGUGCAGGUUCGGUACAGAAGCAGGGUGGUGAAGUAUACAUGGCCACCUCCCUACCAUGUUGCAGAGAGAAGUCCUUGGGUCCAAGUGGAACUUGCCAAUGGGCAGCAACUUCAAACAAAACUGCUGAUAGGGGCAGAUGGGCCUAAUUCAAUGGUUCGAAGAACAUCAGGAAUUCGUACCAUCCAAUGGAACUAUGACCAAUCUGCUGUGGUUGCUGUGCUUCAUUUGUCAGAGCCCACAGAAAACAAUGUUGCUUGGCAAAGAUUCCUGCCUUCUGGGCCUAUUGCAAUGCUUCCGUUGUCAGACAGUGUCAGUUCAUUGGUGUGGUCUACCAGUCAUCAACAUGCAGAAGAUCUGCUCAGUUUGGAUGAAGAGACCUUCACUGAUGCUGUAAACUCUGCCUUUUGGAGUAAUGAGUACCACUCUGACUUAAUUGACACCGCUGGAUCUGUCUUCAGGUCGGCAUUAUCAUUACUGAUUCCAUAUGGCUCAUCGCCACGCCAGCUUCCCCCCAGUGUGGCUGGCAUUGGACCUCAGAGCAGGGCUACUUUCCCACUAGGGGUUGGGCAUGCAUCUGAGUACAUUUGUCAUAGAGGGGCUCUCAUUGGAGAUGCUGCUCACAGGGUGCACCCUUUGGCUGGUCAAGGAGUCAAUCUUGGGUUUGGAGAUGUGGUUUGUCUAACUCGGCACUUAAGUAAAGCAGCGUUUGAUGGAAAAGACCUGGGAUCUACUUCUCAUCUGCUAGAAUAUGAAACUGAUCGGCAACGACACAACCUUCCAAUGAUGGCUGCUAUUGAUGCCAUGAAAAGACUUUAUUCUACAAAAAUGGCUCCUUUUGUCUUGCUAAGAACAUUGGGACUACAAGCCACUAACGCAAUCUCUCCACUUAAAGAUCAGAUUGUAGCAUUUGCCAGCAAAUGAGAACUUUCAAUUCAAGAAACAUCUGACAGUGCUGAAACAACAGAAGAAUAAUUUUGGAUGAAGCAUCAGCUUACUGUUUGAAAUUGCAAAACAAAAUGGUUGUAAAUGAAUAAAGUAUAUUUUAUAUAUGUAUGCUUAUUUUUGAGGAGGAUUUUAGUGGGAAAUGAGUAAGUAGAAUAACUACUGACUAGAUUGAUUUUUUUUUUUUUUGCCUAAUUUUUGUUUCUUUUCUAAAACUGCUUUCUGCAUUUGUCCUAUAUCUCUAAACUGGAUAAUCUAAAAAUACAUCACUGUGAGGAGUUUCGCUGGUUUAUGAUUUGGACAAUAUCAAUGUGGUGUCAAUAAGAGAUGUUUUGCUUUGGAUUGUAACUAUGGAACUUGGCCACUGGGUGCUCUUUUCCCUUAUAGCCAUGUUUGUUACAUUGUUACUGCUUGGCUGCUCCUUUUGUUUCUUUGUAGUUGAGGCAGAAACAGCAUUCAUAUGUAAUGAUUAAUAUUGCCAAGAUGUAAAUCAGCUGCAUUUCCUGGCUGGCUGAGACAGGUGUUAAGACCUGCAUCAUAUGUUUAGUGUAUAUUUUCUAGGAACUAGAUAUUAUUAUACAGGUUAUCAUGAAAACACAGUGAAAUGGAAAAUAGAAGAACAAGGCUUUCCAAAAUUCAGAGGUAUACAAUGGUGAAAAGAAAGCUGCAUUUCCCUGGGUCACUUAAUAUAUCACAUUGAUUAGAUUAUUGUUAAUAGUUGUUCACCUUUAUUAAAUUUUAAAGCCAGCCUCCAUUGGAAUAUAUUGUUAAUCCAGCUCUAGGGUAAAGUAGCUGUGAAAUUUGACUGAGUUUUGUUUUUCUGUGAAUGGAUUUUAUGUAAUAUGCUCAAACUUGCAUGACAUCUUAUUAUGGUUAAGUUGUCCCAUCUAUCACUGUAUGCUGUGAUGUCAUGGACCUCAGGUAUUUAUUAAUGUGUAAUUGCAAGAAUAGUCAUUUUAUACUGUGCUGCUCUAAAUGACGGAAGUGUCUUCUGUGAUGCAUUGGAAUUACCAAGACUUAUUACUGUGACUGUUUGUGGAAUGUAUCUUGGACAGCCACAGAGAACACAUCAGACACAGUAAAGGAAAACACACCAACGCUUAACUUGUUUGAGCAGUUGUUUUUGGCAGUGAGCAACAUUAAAACAUGCAAGUGUUGGCGUUACUGGGUGUGAAACUCUACUUCUCAGUUGGGAUGCUGCCGAUUCUGGACAAACUUGCAUUCCCAUGUGAUUAAAGUAGUCUGAUUGCAGAAGUACUUGUCAUUGGCCUAAGGUGGGAUGCAUUUAAGGUUCAUUUUAGUGUUCUAGUUUGUACUGGUCGUCUUGUCAAAUAAUUGGAAUAGGCACUAGAGUAGGAGUGGUAUGCAGUAAUAAGUGCUAAGACAAGUAUUUAAAAGGGUGUAUUAAAGGUACUGUUUCUUAAAGGCGUUAACUGGUAAGCGGAAGGAGAGAGGUGAUUAAACUAUAGCUCGUGGUAAAAAACCUCAGGGUGAAUUAGGAGUACUAAGUACAAAGAACCACAAGAGAUUGGAAGCAGUUCUAUCUUCCAUAAUUUGCUGUUCAACUGUUUUAAAUGGUUUCACUUGCUGUUCCUUGUGUAUAGUGAGGUUUUUUUUGUAGUAAAUACAAUCUCAAAAAUGGUUUUAAUUCAGGUUAAUUACUUUGUGUUGUCGCAUAUCGGAGUUGACCCAGAGGUUGAAGUGACACAUAGACUGAUGGUCUAAACCUGCCAUGUAAUUUAAAAGUAAGUUACUUGUGCAUCUGUCAAAUGUAACACUAAACCAUUGUCUUUUACGGCAUAGAGCUGAGCUCAGUUCUGUUGUUUAUUUUUACCUUACGUUUAUUUCUUUCAUUUGUGGACAUUUAUGCUUUGACAACUGGUUUCAGAGUUUUGUUUUAAGAAAUUGAUUAGUACAACAUUAAUUAAUUCUUUUAUCCAAAGAUUGCAUAUUACAGUACACUACAUUACUGUAUUGCUCGUGGCAGGCAAUAGCUUGCUUUUUUCAAAGAAUGAAAGUAAACCUAAAUAUAUAGUUAGUCUGUAUCUGGACAGAACUUUUCUGAUUUAUACAGCUGUAUUAAACUGGUACUUUUUAUUUUCUACAAAA